GAACAAACAACAAAAGGAAAAUGUUGUGAGAUAAAUAAAAUAUACAUUUAGUGUACAAGCUAUAUCGAGUGGAAUUAGACGCAUCCAGAGCCGUAGAAUAUUAUAUAAAAAGAAAUACAUUUCAUCACGAAAUCUCAUCACCGUUGAUUAUGAAUGAAAUAAAACCAAUUAGUAUCACCGUGCAAUCAACAGAUCGCUCGUACUCCAAAUUGUAUAACGAUUUGGAAAAGUUAAACUUCAAAGCAUUGCAUCAUAAGUAUCCUACUAUAAAUUACGGAAAUAAAGAAAGUACAACUACUUCGAAGACUCCAGGAAAAUGGACGUUAUGUAAAGCUAUACAAGGACAUGAAAGUGACGAUAUAAAUGAUCAGUAUUCUUUAUUCCAACAUUCAAUGAAGUGGGUACUGAUUUGUGGACAGUGUGUGGGUAUGAACCCCGUUUCAGGGAUAUUAGAGAAAGAAGUUUCAAACAUAAAGUUCAAAUAUUUUUCAUGGAGGUUUUUAUAUGGUGCAUUACUGUGUUUUUUUCAAAUUACAGCCUCAAUUCUUUGUUUAUUCAAAUUAUAUAGAACAUUUGUCUCUGUAAGAUUAUUGGCCCUUCUUUCCUUUUACUCUGCUAUUGGGAUAAAUACGUUUUCAUUCAUUCGUAUUGGUAAAAAAUGGCCAGCGCUAUUACUAAGCAUGUACAAAACAAACCUCGAUGAGUAUAUUGAUCUGAAUCUCAAAGUGAAGUGUACAGCUGCAAUGGGUAUUAUGUUAAUAUUGGCAAUAGUGGAACACAUUCUAUCCUUAAUAUCGAAUAUGAUAAGAGGUCUUCAUUGUCAGGACGAGCCGUAUAAUUUUUAUAGAGCCUACCUUGAACAUUCAUUUUCUUGGCUCUUUGAAAUUGGAAUACCUUUUAGUUUACCGCUUGGCAUUGUUAUGCAGAUCAUCAACCUGAUAUGUAUCAUAAGUUGGAGUUAUUCAGAUUUCUUCAUUGUCUGCAUCGGUUUCUAUUUAACAUCGAUUUUGGAAAAAAUCAAUACAAAGGUUACUUCUUCACGAGACAAGUGUAUGCCGCCCGCAUUCUGGAAGCAACUACGCGAGGACUACACGCAAGCUGGCCGGUUGGUUCGCAACUUCGAUAAUGCAAUCAAUGGAGUUAUAUUUACUUCAUAUGCAAACAAUUUAUUCUUUAUAUGCCUGCAGAUGUUCAAUGUACUUUCGCACAGAUAUAAGGAAAAACCAUCCGCAGCACCGUGUCCUAAUUUGCCAAGCGGUCCAUUUGGAGGAUACGAAAAUGUUAUAUAUUUUACAUAUUCUUUGUCUUUCGUGCUCGGUCGGUUUUUGGCUGUGUCACUAAUUACUUCUGGUAUCCACACAGCCUCGAACGAACCUGCAUCAGCUUUAUAUGAUAUACCAUCUACUAUGUAUUGCAGUGAGGUCCAAAGGUUCAUCGAACAAGUGCACGGAGAUACUUUGGCUUUAAGUGGUCUGCAAUUUUUCUACGUCACAAAAAGCUUAGUUCUUACAGUCGCAAGCACGAUUGUUACGUAUGAACUUGUAUUGCUACAAUUCAAUGGUGAAGAAAUGGUUCAUAAAAAUUAGAAUAAGCGAUGAUAGUUUAAUUAAUAAUUCGUAUUACAUAUAUACGAGUACAUAUGUAUUUAUAAUAUAUAAUCUGUUCUAAUAAAACUUAUUAUUAUAAGUAUUAUAUAUUUUUUUGUCGUGUAGUCCCGGUAUAGGCCACCCCUUCCUUUCCCCUGGGUGUCGUAAGAGGCGACUACGGAAGAGCGAGGGAUGGGCAGCAGCGUUCCUCUUAAAACGUCUCCAAAGCCUACCAGCGAUUACCAACAAGCGUGGUAACUAGCAAAAUCCCCCAAAGUGGAGCCUUAUGUUUAGCAGUGGACAUUUAAAGGCUGAUAUGAUGAUGAUGAUGAUAAUGCUUAUUUGCCAUUCUUUAUAUAUAUAUUCACUUACCUCUACUGUUGUCCAUCUCAU